AUGAACUACUCCGGCGACCAUGAAGUGUCAUAUUUGGCGCUGCCUGGGCCCGCCUCCGGCGACCCGACUGACGAGCUGGCCGCCGGUUACCCCUGGACCGGCCAGCCCAGGCUAGGGAACCGGAGCCGGUUCAUCUGGCUCAGUGUUGCGCUCACCCUCAUCGUGUUCGUCAUCGUCACAAAGGUGACCAUGCUAGCCUCCGUGCAGCCCUUACUUCCAAGCUUCGCCAUCGCCUCCGUCACUGUCGCGUCGGUCUCCCGGAGCACCGAAGUUCGCUCCGGCAAUUUCAGCGUCACGCUAGCCGUGUUCAACCCCAACACGAAGGUCGACGUCCGGUUCGACACCAUCGUUGCCACCGUGUACUACGACAGCACGGCCAUUGCCGAGGCGGCGCUGCCGCCCAUGUACCAGGAGGCGCUCGCCGAGCGCUUCGUGGCGGCCACGGCGCCACAUGUGGGAAGCGACGUCGUCAGGGGAGUCCGGCGGGACAUGUCGAGCGGCCGUGGCGGCGACGACGUGAUCUGGUUCCGGGUGGAGGCGGCGUGCAGGCUGGCGUUCCACCAGGUGAACGGUGCGGAAGUGGCCAGGAUCAGGUGGAGGAACGUCAUGAUACGCUGCGGCGACGUGCCUGUCCGGUUCGACAACACGACGGUGCCGCUGACGUCCGGGAAGCUCGUCGGGCCUGUGAGGCCGUGCACGGUCAAGUGA